AUGUCUUCAGGUGCCCAGACUAUCGUCCUGAUUACUGGUGCCAACCAAGGCAUAGGCUAUCAUGUCGCGAAGCAACUUGCAGCCCACGAGAAUUACCUCGUCCUCCUAGGAUCACGCAAUCCUAAAAAUGGACAAGACGCAGCAGCAGAGAUAGACUCAUCCGGAAAGACCGUGCAGCCGAUCACGAUCGAUGUGACCGAUGAUACCUCCAUCCAACAAGCAGCGGAGCAAGUCGAAUCCAGAUACGGAAGGCUGGACGUGCUCAUCAACAACGCCGGCAUUAGUCUUGAGAUGGCUCAUAAGGGAGAGGGCCGAGAUGAAAACCAUAUCCCUACUCUGUCAGAGAAGCGCCAGAUCUGGCGCGAUACAUACGAAGCAAAUCUCUUCGGUGCUGCCAUCACCACCGAAGCAUUCACGCCGCUGCUGGAGAAAUCGACGGCAACGCCUGCGCGGAUUGUAUUCGUCUCAUCUCAUACGGGAUCCCUUGGACUUCGGACCGAUCCCUCCACAUCCUGGUUCGAGAGGAUGUCGAGUGCGUCUUUCCCGGUCUACCGCAGCAGUAAGGCCGCGAUGAACAUGCUGACCUUGCACUAUGCAGCGCUGUUCCGGGAAAGGGGGUGGAAGGUCAACGCCUCAUGCCCCAAUUUGACAAAUACAAAUUUUACUGGGAAUCGGGGAAUCGGAAGACCUCCAUCUGCGUCUGCUAUGAAUAUCGUUCGUUUGGCGACAUUGGGUAAAGAUGGAGAAACGGGCCAGUAUUCGGAUGAGCUGGGUGUUGUGCCUUGGUAG